AUCAGAAAAAAAGAGGAAAGGCCUCAAAAAUCCUGUGAAGGGAGGAUCAGACCCAGAGUGGAGGAGGGACAACCCUCCAAUUAUUUCUUCUGUUCUGCAUCAGUAUAGUGCUUUGCAGUGCCUUCUGCAGGAGUCACCUCCGACUGAGCAAGUUUGCAACACAAGUUACAUUGCCAUGGUACCUGUCAGUAAUGUCAGUGAGCUAACUGGGAUAGUAGCAUUACAAAAAGAAAUCAUCCGUAUUGCUGAAAAUAGAGAACUCUUUCCAUCUGUUGGCACAGAUCUACCUGAAGAGUGGGUCAAACUUGAGAUGGCAUUGAGGAGGUGUAAAGAAGAUGAUCAGGUUCGUUGUAUGUCUUAUGCAGAUUUUGAAGAGUUUGCCAAAGAACAUACUGGUCUCUCUGGGAGGGGAUUGCACUCAGCAGUAACAUAUCUGGAUUCUAUUGGAGAGUUGCAUUAUUACAAUGACAUUCCUUCUUUGUACAAUAAUGUGUUCAUUGAUCUUCGAUGGCUGGCAAAAUUGGUUAAGCGCCUUUUCCGACAUGAUCUGCAGGAGACACUGAGCUUUGAUGAAAGCUUUCAACGGUUUGGAAUGAUUCGUGGGUUCUUUGAUGAACUCAAGACAAAACUUGUGCAGGAAGCAUUGUUGUCAAAGGCUCUGUUGAGAUGUCUCUGGGCAGAGAUUGAACUAGAGGAAGCCAUGUUUCUCCAGAUGGUUGAACUUCUUCAUCAUCUUGGUCUUGCAUGUCGUCUACCCUCAGAUGAUGCUGACAACUUUAAUCUUUUCGUUCCUUGGUUUUUGACUGACUAUUCCAGUGCAGUUGAAGCUCUGUCUGAAAGCAUGACUGAUGAUCAGGCAGAGAUCAACUUGCUGUUUAUGAUGUCUUGCUUACCCCCUGGUCUGUUUGAUCGCUUACGUGUUCGCUGUUGUUCACUGGGAUUUGACUUUUAUAACUGGAAAGAUCACGUGCUGUUGUUGGGGAAUGAUCACAGAAUCCUGAUUCAUAAACAUAUUUACCCUACAGGACCUGAUUCAGGCUCACCAGCCAUUUACAUUAAAGGAAGAGGACUAAAGGCAGAAUUAGAUUCACUGUGGAAAAGUCUUUUGAACAUUGUUGAGGAGACAGAUGCUCUGUUGAGGGAAUGGCAAAGACUGAGUGUUCAGCGUUGUUCAUUAUGCCCACCAUGUAUAAAGAAAAAGAAGGCCAAACCCUGUCUUUUCACAUGCAAUUGGAUGAGCCAUGCUGCAGCACGAAAGCAAGGUCACUCACAGACUACUAAGAUAUGCAAAGCAGGGACAAGAUUUUUAAAUGGAGAAAAAUUUGAUGCCAACCUCAUCUUUCCUCCUCCUGACGUUGUGAAACAAUUACUUGAUAAUAAAUGGCCACAACAGCAGCAGCCAGUUUCAGAGAGUGUCCCUGACUCCCUCAUAGCAGACCUUUCUCAGAAAAUUCCCAACGAAUGGAAGGUGUUGGCAAGCUAUUUGGGUUUCAAUACUGAUCAUGUUGCCACUUUUGAUCAAGAAAAUACCAUCAUUGCUGAAAAGGUUAUUGCCAUGUUCAAUGCAUGGAAACAUAACCAGGGAGCAAAUGCAACUAGGAGGAAACUGAUGGCUGCUUUGAGAAGAGUUGGAAGGAGAGACUUAGCUGAAAAAGUUUGCACCUACCAGCAGGAAUGAUUUUCUUUUUGUGUGGGAGAGAAGGUACAAAGAGGACAGGGAACGGAAAGUGAGAGACUGCAAGAUUUCAAGCCUACAGGGUUUGUACAGGUCCUGGAAAAUCUGGAAUUUUAUUUUGACAUUUUCCAGGACUGGAUAGUCCUGGUAAAAGACUACAGGUUCUGGGUAGUCCUGGAAAUUUGCUAAAAAUCAAGCUAUAAAGUUUCUCAGAAUUUACGUUUAUAAGAAGUGUGUUUAGAAAGUAAGGAGAAUUGAUUUUGAAGUCUUGAGAAUGAAAGGAUUAAAUGUGAAAUUUGAAGUCCUGGAAAAAUUAAUCUAGGCCUGAAAAAGUCCUGGAAAAUUCCUUCAAAUUUGUUUUUGAAAAAGGGUACAAACCUUGGUCUACUGUUUGUAGAAAUAUUAACUGGAUGAAACUAACUGGCAUUUUUGUGUGAGGGGUGUGUUAAAACUUAACUAUUUACUUGAUUCUAGGAGACAAUUUAUUUGUUUCAUGAGAAAAGGAUUGUGAGACAUUUGGGCAUGUCAAGGAAGUUAGGA